CCCUCGGGUCUUUUCGAUCCCCUGCUCUAGCUCUCCCUUAUGGAGCUGAGGGACUGCGAGGAGUUGCUCAAGGUGUUGGACUCGUGCCUGUCGCGCAUCAAAUGGCGCCUGAGACCUUUGGCGAGGCGUCGUCUCGAGACGGAUUUCCUCUCGUAUUCGUAUCUUUUGCAUAUCUGAAAACGAUGAGAUGUUGUUUCAGCACUUUGAUUGCCUUAAUGGAUCCUAAUCAAAGACAAGGCUGCAGUAGAACUUUCAAUUAUAUAUUCAUGUGCCCUAAAAUAUUGACAUUCCACUGCAACCACAAUAAGGUGACCAAUGGUGGUCUACAUCAUUUUGAUUGAAGGAUCCUUAAGAGCUUUAAAUCAGCUCUCACAGUAUAAUGAUGAAGAGGAUCCUUAUCACAUUCCCAUUGUAUUGAGAGUUGAGACUAUAAUUUCAUGGUCUACAUAUCAAGAUAGGUAAGCCCAAAUAAUUCCACGAGCUCUUACAUUUACUUGUCCUAAAAUCUGAGAACAAAGAAACAUGUUAACUGGUUACAAACUAUAUGUGGGCCAUCCAUAGAUGCAUAAAUCUAGCUUUUCAGUUAGUAAUUGCCAUCUGCUACAUAUAUGGAUAUUGAUUUGUUACUAAUGGUCAUGCAUUCCAUAUGUGCAUGCUAAGGAAUUUCCAAGGAAUCUGCAGGGCAUCACCUAGGUCACUGCUUGAGUUGUGCAUAACAUGACAAAUGAUCCAUUACUUUGCCUCAUGAUAGCGGCAAGCCACCGGUGGGGUCUGUAGUUACACCAAUGCAAUCCCAAGGACAUAUAUGCUGAAGUUAUAAAAAGAGACAAGCUUGCAUAUGUUUUUCUGAAAAGCAUCACUUUUUGUAUCAUAGCACUUGAAAUAAAUAUGACUCGAUCAGUAUAAAACACCAUAUAUUUUGUCAUCUAUCCUGACAAAUUAUUACUCAAGAUUCCAUAUGCAGAUAUCCUGGCUUUGUGCACGAGACUGAGACCUGUGAUAUUGGUGGACUAUGAUGGAAUUAUGCCUAAACUUCAAGAGAAUCUAUCUGCACUUUUAUUUCUUGCUCAGAAGGAAUCAAAUGAUUUACAAUAUUUGAGAAUAAUGAUCUUAGAUGACAUGGCUUACAUCAUUCAUGUCAAAGAACUUGCUGAGCAUGUCUUAUCAAGUCUCAGCUCAGAGCAGCAGCUAACUCUUCUGGAUCUUGAGCAGUAUCCUAUGAAGAUCCUUUCACCAAGAGAAGAGAAUGAAGUUGCAUCAGACUUUGUCUUAAUCCAAAAGCUACUUUCAUCGGCCUUUCCUGUUGAAGUUGAAAAAGGCCACAUGCCUAGUGUGCUUCCUUCCUUGGGAAAACCAGGAGUGGAGACUUCACAUCUAAAUGCUGUUGGUCUUGCUAAUUUAAGCGGGCAUUCUGCUCCUCAACCUGCUGAUGUUAUUGAUCUUAGCAGCUUUCUACAAGAUGUAAGGGUCACCUUACCUUCUCUGAACGGGUGGCUUCUUGGUUAUCCUGUUACGUAUUUGUUCAGCAAGGAGCAUGCUGAAAAAGCUUCAUACAAUCUUUCCACCAAGUCUCUUCGUAUAUUCAAAAUUUUCAUUUGCAGAAAAACAUCUGGUUCUCAACUCUAUGAAAAUGAACUAAUGAGUUUUACGGUGCCCUGCGAUAUGAGUCAGAGACUGGAUAAAGAGCCAUGGAUCGAAGCAUUUCUCGUUCGGUUGUCAGAAAAACUUCGAAGAUGCGAGCAGAUCUGGGCGUCAAUGCGGUUGGAGAUGGAGGUAAAGGAAAGCCAUCAGCAGUCAGUAGUUCUGUAGAAUUGAUCACAUGUCUGUUGCUCUUUCAAGGAGUUGCAUGGCUUCAAAUACUCACUGGUGAGGGGAGUGAUUGCUCUAGAUGCAUUGCAAAUUUUGGUAUUUUAUGCAGUCUACAACUAUAUAUUCUGAUAGUAAACAACAUCGUCUAGAAUAUUGUAUCGAUCUCGAAUGAGUUGAUCAUGAUUGCCCUACGCCAUAAAGAACGUGACUGUCAAACUCA